AUGCUUGCACCAGACAGGUUAGAAAUAAUCAGUAUGGCAGAAAAUACGCCCAUAAGACAGCAUUCCCCGGACUCCUCGCUACUACCCACUUCAUGCCCUGAUACUCAGCCCGACAGCCGCCAUGACAGCAGUUUCCGUCAUCGUGAUGGUCGCGGCGCGGAGGGCCUCAAUACCCGGAGAAGCUUCGAGACCUCCAAGCUCCCUCCUCGGAACCCAGCAUUUCCAGGUCGAAACGCGGGCCAGGCGGACAGGCCGUGCUUGAGACGCCUCUCUUCCACGCCCCAGGUCUCGAACGACGUUGAUCUCAACGGAUGGAUCCGUCUGGCUCAGCGCUUCGAGGAGGAGAGUGCACACUCUGCCUCACCUGGACCCCUGCCAGAGGAUGUUGACACGGAGUCAACGUACCCUGUUUCCGUUCACUACGCUGCCUCUCAAGGCUCGGGCUCCUCCUCAUCCCUGGGAGAUUCGAGAUGCAGUCGAACCAAUCAUGGGUCCACGUCUCUUCGCUUAAGCCAUUCGGAGACCUUUGCUGACGGCAGCGACGGGUGCACAGACGGCAUUCAGCGCCGCCAUUCCGUCUCGUCUAGCCUCUACCGCUCCUCCUCGUUCGCCUUUGAUUCUUUGACUGACUCUCAGGAGGAUCAGGAUGAGAGAUGCACAAGAUGCUUUCACAGACGCGCGAGCUCUCUCAAAGACGGUGACGUGGCCACUACUGUGUUGUGCGUGGGCUGCUCGUGGCUUGAUGCUGAACUGGCAUGCGAUCCUUCUUGGAUUGAUGAUGCCCGAUCGAGAAUAGGCGGGGCAGCUUUGGCUGUUGUGGAAGCACAGCAGGUUGCAGAGGCACUGAGUGCACGUGUUGGGAUGGCCACUAGGGGAGUGGAUACCAGGGGAGGUGUGGAGCGUGUUCAAAACAAGCCUGUGGAAUCUGGUAGACAGUCUGGUGCAAUUGUGAAAAUUGUGGCUGCUGCCAAAGGAUGGGUGAUGCGUCAAGGCCAAAACAAAAGCGCAAGGCUAGGGAUCAGUGUUGAAUAG